AUGUCAAAAUCAAAAGGUGACAUCCCAGUUUCAGUAAGCUGGAGAUCUGUUGCUCUCAAUAAAAGGAAUGCUACAUUUAUCGGGGAUCCUUGUUUUAGAACAUACAUCACGGAGUUUUCCCCAAUUUAUGUCCCGGGACCUAAUAAUUGCUGGAUUCCUCUUGCUGCAGGGGUAUUCCCUGGCAAAGCUAUCAUCCCUAAGUAUAUAAGAGCACCUCAGAAUACAUUAGUAGUUUCGGCUCACUUUUUCCAAUCACAUUAUUCAUUACGUCCAUAUGCCAAAUCUGGCGGUGGCUAUAUAAUUCAGAUUUUGCACAAGAAUAAAACUUUGGGCUUUUUAACCGUUGGAAGAGUUUCGCACUUCACCCUUGAACCCCCCCUGGGGAGUUGGGCAGACUGGAAGCUUGUGGGAUCCGAGGCUAUCCCUCCGUACUUUGUGAUCGGCGCUGUCAACUCUGGUGUCAAUGAUCAGGCAGGUAAGUUACCACCAGCAAUCAUUGAUAAGCAUAUAGGGUUUGAAAAUUACAGCCCAAUGUCUGAUUUCCAGGUGGUAGCUGAGAUCUUAGACAAUUUUCAUGGUUUGUAUCGCCGUUUAGCAGUCGAGGAGAAGAAUGGGUGUCACUUUAUCACCAUUUCGCUGCGUUAUCGUUAUGUUAUGAAAGAAAAUAUCCUGCUAGAUAAUCCAACAAAUGAAAUUACUGAUAAAAUCCAGUUAACAUAUAAUACCAUUCGUGGGCCAGGCGACAUGCAAAACCUCCAUGCUUUCGAGACUCCUACAAUUGUCAAUGGUAAGAAAAGGUACAUGUCUCAAAAACAGUACGCAAGAUUGAACCCGAUGCUAAAUGAAUUCUUUCUCACAGAAGAUAGCCACAUUGCGUUUUUGGUUAGACUUCUUGGCAUUUUGGAUGCCUCAUUGACUGCCCAAGAAUUGAAUAUGAAAAUUAAAUAUGAGGGCUCUCUGGAUGGUGUAACCGUUUUAGGACUUAACUCUAAGAGGGGCAUGGAAAGUUAUGAAAUUGAGAAUAUUAAUACGAUUAAGCUACUUCGUAUGAAAGGUGCCCAAUCCGUGCUUGCUUUGGCUGGUGCGCAAGGUCUAUUAUAUUUAGCUGGCCAAGACGGUAAAAAGGUGUUCACGUCAGGAAUAAACUGGGGCUGGUCAUCUGAUGUGCAAUUUACAUUGAUAUCCGAUAGCUCUGAUGAUUUCGACAUUAAUUACGCUGCCUGUUUAAACUACCUUGAGCCCCAGACCGUAGCUGAAACAAUUGUCGAAUACGUUCAAAGCCUUCAAUUGGCCACUCAAUAUCAAAUCGCAGAAAGUUAUUAUAUGUUGCUUCUUGCGUACCCGGAGGCACCUUUGAGUUUACCUCGACCGUAUCAUAUACAUGAUUGGAUUGGAUAUAUUCACUAUGUAUCUCCUGCAUUACAACCGUAUCAUUACUAUUGCGACAUGUUUAAAUUUACUAUUGUGAAGGUUUGGUUGGCAUCUUAUGUACCUCAUCUUCUUAGGAUGGGGUUUACAUUUAAUUCAAGCCGAUCAAUAUAUUAUCAUGCAUUUUCGCACUCAGUCUAUCCUCCAGAGUUUGUUCAUAUCCCUGACUUCUUAAAGGACAAUCUGCAUGGAACUGGACCCGUGAUCGGUAAGAUCAUUUCAGACGUUAAAGAAGAUAUAUUUAAAUCUUAUGAGUCAUGGCUCGAGGAGAAAAUUGAUGAACCGUCCAAGCUGCCUUAUUAUAUGACCCCCCCCGUUAUAUCUCAUGUAUGUUCAAAAAAUAAAUUUGAUUUCGUGGAUAAAUCAAUUACUUAA